CAUAUCGUCCCUUCCACAGGUUCACCUACGUCCCUUUUAAAAGACGAUAGACACCGUGGUUCUGCCCGGAGCAGACGAUUAAAGUUAUAGGACCGCCGCGCACGAGUCGCUUCGAUACUGCCCCAGUUUAUCCGGGUUGCUCUUUCCUGUCGGCUUUUCCCACCUUAAACACAAAAUUUGCCUUCACCCACCGAGACUUUUUCCUCACCCCUCCGACAACGUUCUCGGCAUUCUAAUCACCGCAACGUCACUCAUAUAAUUUUCGCUUGGCUUUAUAUUCUCUCUAAUAUCGAUUAUUUCACAUCCACCAUGGCCGCUGUCGCUGAAAACGGUCCCGUACCGGUGAACGACGAGAACACCGCGCCCGGCGUUGCCGCCCCCGAGCAGAAAGAGGAGACCGAGAAGACAAAUGGCGACAACAUCACAGUGUUCCAUGAUCCCGAGAACUUCAACGUGAAGCACCCUCUUAUGCACGAGUGGACCCUGUGGUUCACCAAGCCUCCUAGCGGCAAGGGCGAUAACUGGAACGACCUUUUGAAGGAAGUUGUCACAUUCAACUCGGUUGAGGAAUUCUGGGGAAUUUACAACAACAUCACACCGACCUCUGAGUUGGGCCUCAAAGCAGACUACCACCUUUUCAAGAAGGGUAUCCGGCCUGAGUGGGAAGAUCCUCAGAACAAGCACGGCGGCAAGUGGUCGUAUUCGUUCAAAGACAAGCGUUCCGUACCGAUCGACGACCUGUGGCUGCACGCCCAACUGGCAGCCAUUGGUGAGACUCUCGAGAACGAUGGAGAUAGUGAGGUUAUGGGAGUCGUUGUGAAUGUGCGUAAGGGUUUCUACCGUGUCGGUUUGUGGACACGGACUGUGGGCAAGAGUAUUCCGGGAGACAAGAAUGCCCGCACACCUGCCCAGGGCAAGGAUGUCCUCGAAUCCAUCGGCCGCCGGUUUAAGGAAGUCCUGCGUCUGAACGAGGCAGACGUUGUGGAGUUCUCUGGACACACAGACAGUGCACACAGUGGUAGCACGAGGGCGAAGGCCAAGUACACUGUUUGAAGCGUUUACGACAUCGGGGCGCUUCUCAUUUACGAUCUAUCCCACAUGAAUGCCGCUUCUCUUGUUACGAGACGAUGGAAGAAUCUAUGAUCAUGGCCAAUAACGACGGGUUAUCAUGAAGGAAAGGAUACUGGCUGGGGCCCCGCUCUCGCUUAGGACUCUACAGUGAUGAUGAUCGUAGACGUCGACGGCAUGUAUCUGCUCCGUACGUAUGACGAGGUUUAUACCAUUUGCUAUUCGACUACUGUCUUCUUCAUUUUCUUAUGGCUGGACAAGGGGAAUCUCUGAUAGGAAAACAGAAAAAAAAGUGUUUCAAACUGCUUCUUCAUACUCUAUGCCUGCUCUCUUGAUUAUGCUUUUUUGUUCCUUAGUCCGUCUUGAUGCGAGUCUUCUCUAUAGAUACCGUGCAUUAGCAAUGGAAAAUAUACCUUUUUACUUAAAA